AUGUACGACGAUUCUUGGUACAGCUUCGUGCCGGAGGUGGCCAAGAAAGCUAGCACGGCUGCCCAAGGCCCAGGCCAUCGUCGCAAAGAGUCACUGUUGCAACAAUCCAAUGCUCUCGACGAAAUCUUCGAAGAGAUUGAAGACCGAAACACACCCCCGGAAGCCGAGGUCUUGCGCCGCGCAAAGUCCUAUUCGGACUUCUACCACGUCGUUCGAGCCCAAUUAGCUAAGGAUGAGCAACACAAGAGGCGCAGGCGGAAGAAGGAAAAGACAUGGGAUGCGCUAGAUAUUGCGACAGACGUUGCCGAAUCCAAGACCGGACCUCGCCCGGUUCAUCGCCAGUACGAGGGGGAACUGCUUGAGGCUAGUCAGCAAGAAUACCUACUGUACAAGGACCAACUGACGCUCACCGAACGGCAUCUCGACAUGCUCAUCGACGAUACGAAUCAAGCGCUCAAGCUGUUGACAACAUUGUCUGAAUCGUUCCAAUCCGUCGAAGCACAGACGAGUUCGUUCCAGUCGCAGUGCGAGGACCUAUUGUCGGAACAGCACAGGCUCGAGAAACUUGCAGACGAGGUCGGCACUGAUCUUCACUUCUACGCAUACCUCGAUAAUGUCUCUAGGAGACUCAAUGCUCCUGGCGCUGGACGUCUGGUUGAUGAUGAAUCUUUCGGCGAGAUCUUGAGGAACCUAGAUUCUUGUAUCGGCUUCAUGUCGAAACACACGACGUACCGUGACGCCGAGUCCUAUCUGGCUCGAUACGAGGCUUUGCUGACCAAGGCACUCCAUCUUCUCGAAGUCGGUUUCACCAAUAGACUGGAGAGCAUCUCCUCCGAGAUCGCAAGCCAGAUUGUUGGCACCAAGUCCGAGGCCACCCGUCAUGCUUUGGCAUACGGGCGUUUCGAGGAGAUGAUUCUUGAUUCUUACUCUCUAAUCCCUAAUAUCCACAAAGUGAUCAACAGCGUGUACGACGAAUACGGGCUUCCGAUCACUGGCGUUGCCAAGGACAUCUACUCGAAUACCACGAGCAAUCUCUUCAGCUCUUACCUGGCUGUUCGAGACCGCGACUUGAAGCCCAUAGUGCAGCACGACCAGGGCGAGUUCAAAAAGGAGAUCAAAGAUCUUUCCGUCGAGACAGCUUCGAGGAAUUACAUCAAGCAGAGCUUCGAACGCGCGUUCAAUGAAGCCAAUCUAUUCGCCAAAAUCUUCGGUCUGGAUCUACAGUGGAGCUCCGAUCCGGAGUCGGCAUAUGGGGUCCUCAAGUCUAACCAGAGGUCGCUCGUCAACCCCGCGAAUCUCGUCCAGUUGGCCGCCAAUCUCAAUGCUGCACUGCAGACUGCGGACCUCGACACGAUCUGUAGUGUGGUCGGCUGGCUGACCAAUGAGUAUCUGGUUCUCGACUACGACGAGGAAGAAUCUCCCUUCGCGCGUCAAUGCCGUGAACUCAGUGCCAGACUUUUGACCGAACAUUUAUGGGUCUUUACAGACAACACAUUUGAGGCGGAGAUCACAAAGACGAUCGCCAAGGCCACGGUUAAAGAUGAGUCUCUUACUAUCGGCCCAGUGGUCGGCGGCGUUUCUUCUUCAAAUGCCUUCCCCCCAGUUAAGCAAGCGCUCAAGCUUUUGGCCAAGUAUGACCAAGCCAUGCCCAAGGAACGAAGUCAAAAGAACAGCCAGGUCAUCUUCAAGAUCGUCCGGGAAACUAUUCAGAUACUACAACGCGCCGAGGCGCGGAUCAAAUCCAUCAAGGCAGGCACGGACGCCGAUCUGUUCAUGGUGAAGAACCUCCUCAUCAUCAAAAACGAGCUCGUCUCUCUAGAAAUUGGAGACAUCCGAGGCGACACGGCCGCCAUGCAACAUUUCGGUCACAUCUGGGACAACCUCAGCCCCCAGAACUGGAUGGGUUUCGUCAGCAACAUCAUUGGCGGCUCCCUUUGGUCCCGAGGAGCGACGGCAGGCGCGGCGACUGUCACCGCCAAGACGUUGACGGUCGAGGACAUGAGCGAGCAGCUGGACGAGCUGCUGAGGCAGUCUAUUGUCGCCUUCACGCAGCGCUGGGGCGGACUGACGAACGAUGCAAGGGCUAGGAAACCUGGUGUCAAGCCCAUUGGCAAGGUCGAAAAGGAGCUGGAUGAGGUGCUGUUGAGGGCUUUUAGCAAUCAGCCCGAGGUGAUUGCGAAGCUGAAGGAGGCGAUUGAGAUUAAUGCGCAGGCGCAGGAGAAGGCGCAAGAGGAAAAGAAGGGAAUUAGAAGCGGAACAUUGAGUGUUAAAGCCAUAAGCAAGCACCGAUGUUGGGGUGCGGCACGCGGUCAGCGCCAACCUGGGCGCAGUCAGCAGUUGCCUCGUUCUGCAUGCCGCCUGAUGAACCGGCUGCAGUCUGCAGAUGAUGGUAGGGAGUUACACAAAUUCCUCGCAAUACUGGUCUUCGCCGGCUGUCGUAUAGAGGCAGCCAGGAACUUCACAGAGAAGCUAGCUGCUGUUCCCGAGUGGCCGCCGCCCGAGGACUGUGAGAUCUCUAGGCGCGUGUGUUUGUUACCAGCCGACCGUCAAAGCUUGACGGAGUUCUUUGACGGGGACGAGGCGACAGCCGAUAAGUUCUAUGGAUCGCAGGCCCUAUUCUGUACGGUGGUGCUUCGGCAACGAGAGGAGACUACGAUACAAGACGGUGAUACCCAGCGCCUACCGUACGUGGAAGAGGAGCUUCUGGGCUCGGGCUCAUUUGGAAGAGUGUACAAGGUGAAGAUUGCCAAGGGGCAUUUCGAAGACCGCCGCAGAAAUGACAACAGGGAACGAUGGGUGGCUCGGAAAGACUACAUUGUCAGGUCGUCUUCGGAUUCCGAUGUUGAAAGCAGGGAGGAAGGCGAGAUCAUGAAGAUGAUUCUCAGCUUGUCAAAGACGUGCGAGAACAUUAUGGAGAAUCUGGGGACGUUGAACAUCGAGUACCCAACGGGCGCCAGCCCGGCGCCGUACAGCCUCUUCAUGCCGCUCGCGGUCUGCGACCUGGGAGCGUACAUGAAAAAAGACGGGUCGAACGCUCCAAAGACAGCGAUCAACAGGGCAGGCUUCAUCCGGUCCGCAAUCGGUCUCGCCAACGGUCUCAAGUUUCUUCACGAAGAAAUGCAGACGCCCGGCCUCGACAGGAUAGUCUGUUACCACAUGGAUCUGAAACCGAGCAACGUCCUCAUUUUUCGAGAAAGCGGCAAUGGCGAUGGGACCGGGCCCCGCUAUAUCUGGAAGUUGAGUGACUUUGGCAUGUCAAGGGUCAAAAUUCGACAUCAUACCAGCCGUGAGGAAGAAAAGGAUAUCGCCAAAUGGUUCACCAAACGACGCGAUAUGCAGCAGAGGGCGAUGUCAGGAACACAGAAUCGACGCGGCCAGGGGACGUAUCUACCACCCGAGUCGUUCCGUGAGGGUAAAGUCAUGAAUACGAGAAGCGACGUGUGGUCACUGGGCUGCAUUCUGAGCGUCCUCUUCGUUUAUCUCGAGGGCGGAAAGAGCGCCAUCGACAAUUACGAGACCAACCGUCUCAAAAACCGUAGAGGCAUCGAUGCAAGCUACGACGUCUUCUUCCACGUCAAAUCAUUCGGACGCACUUCUGUGCAUUCGGCUGUAAAGAAUGUUCAUAAGCAACUAAUUCACAAAGCUGCCGCGAGAAGCGUGAAAGAACAUCAUGCAGUCCGGAGCAUGCUCAGUUUUCUCGGGUCCAAAGUAUUGAAGAUUAAUCAGAACAAGAGAUGCAGCGCAAAAGAGGUCGAAAAUAUGCUGCGACGCACGCUCGACGCGUAUGAGGAGAUUGAUCGGCUCGAAUCUUCCUCAGAGUCUUUGAGACCGCCCAAAUCCUCUAUGGAGCAGAUUGUGCAAAGAUGGCGCAUCCCGCGAGACAAUUCUGAUGUUUUCAAGGGUUGCAAGGUGUCACCGGAUGGAAGUAUGAUCGCGUACUGGAGCGACAGCAAGAUUUCACUCUUUGCCCCAAGUUCUGCCGAGAACGCAGAUGGAGAAUUCCUAAAGUGUUACAUAUUCGAUCUAGGGCAAGGGGCUACAGCCGACUCAAGCCCACAGAACCAUUGGCACAUUCGGCUUCCAACCGUUCCGGAAGUAUACAUCAUGGCGAUGUCAACCGAUCAACAGAACUUGGUCUUCGUAGUGGAGAACCAGGAAGACGAGAGCCUAUCGGGAUCCAUAUUCCAUGUGAGAAUCGAGGAUCUGAUAGAGAUGGGAUCUAUCUCAGAGGGAUAUGAGAUAGAACAGUGUGGCAGAAACUUGUUGGGCCGCUUCAUCGCACUCGACUGGCCUGCCGAAGACGUGAUGUCUUUAUCACUCACCAGCCAGGGCCGCUGCUACGCGGCGAUUCGCCCGUACCUUAGAAACGACGACAUACAUCACAUACCUGUUGUUUCAUAUUCUCUGACAACAAGAGAUAUAGAGGAAGUAUCCAUCGAGCCGCGGAGCCAAGAGAGCAACGGCUCAAGUCUAUUCACGACAUUUGCUGGUCUACACCAACAGGCAACUUGUAUUAUCGUGUCCCGAGAAACCCGUCUUUUCACCGUUGAUCUGCUAGCGAACUCAUCUAACUCACCGACGAGGCGAUCCCGAUACCCCAACAACAUUGAAGGUUACCGCAUCCUCAGAGUCAUGGUCAACCAGAACAACGAUGCCAUUUUCGCACUGGGAAUCAAACGAGAUGGUGGUCGGAUUCGUCUGCUUGAGAUCGUAAUACCCGAGAUGGGACGCCCGGUGUCUGUUCGCGAAUUGGCUCAGCUACCCAGUCUAUCUGAAGACGACGAGUUCACCGGCAACAUCGUUGGCGAUGACGGCAGCAGACAUAUCCUCGUCACUGCCCUUGUGGGACCCAGUCGGCACGCCGUCUUCGAGAUCAACCUCCCUGGCAGCCACGCUACAUCCGCAGGCCCGGGGUCUUCCACCUGA